GAACGUGUCGCAAAGAGGCCACGGGCUGCGCUUUACGCCGCACUCCCCCCCGCGCCACGGCUCCACGGCUCUGACACUCGGCUCUGAGACUCGGCUCUUUCACCUUUUGUCUCCGCAGCUCGAACCGGAGCCGCUCGCAGAUCGAUUCCACGACUUCAGAGCAAACGACGAUGAGGAUGAGGCGAUGAAGGCCUCUCCUGAGACACUGAGGCACAGUUCAGGUAGAGGCCGUGUUCUUCUGGUCACAUGAUGCCCGCGGAGACUCUCCCAGCGUCCGCGAGACGUCCCGUGGGGACGGUGGUCACGUCCACUCCCCCUCGUCUCCGGCCCAAAGCCCCCGUGGCCCCGGAGCUUUACCGGCGCCGACAGGGAGGACCGAAGCAGAGCGCCGUGGAGAGACUGGAGGCAGACAAAGCCAAGUAUGUGAAGAGUCAAGUCGCUCUGAGUAAACAGCAGCCAGUGCGCCCCCUGGAGGUGAGCAGAGCUGUGCUCAGCUGCUCCGCCCUGCAGCCCAUGAAACUCAGCCCCCAUCCCAAGACCCCCAUCACCGCCAAGACGAAAGAGACGAAACCUCCCAUCACCGCCAAGACGAAAGAGACGAAACCUCCCAUCACCGCCAAGACGAAAGAGACGAAACCUCCCGUCACCGCCAAGUCCAAAGAGAGUCUCCAACUGGACCUGGAGCACCUGAGUAACCUCAUCAGCGACGUGAGCGACGGCCCCCGAGCGGACGACACUAAACCUCCACAGACCGUUUCUCCACAGAAGAAGCCGACUCCUCCGCCGCCGGCCCCUCGCCCGGACUGGUCCAGUCCAGCCAAAGUGAGACUCAAAGCCCCGCCCCGAGAGGAGAGCGGCCCCGCCCCUCCGGCCGCCGGGACAGUCCGCAGAGUGGACGUCCUGCCUCAGGCCGGCUCCGCUCGGCCCCCAAUGAGACCGGCGCAGUUCAUGAGGCAGCCCCUUCAGCCCCUCCUGCUGCACUCCCAGUGUCUGCAGAGGACACGCCCCUUUCACCCCAGAACGCCCGCCGCCCCGUCUCCUCUCAAACCUGUGAUCGCGACACCUCCAAAACCAGAAAACGCUCCUCUCACUCCGCCUCUAAAGACCCCUCCCGCCCCCAGCGACGCCCCUCCUGAGGCCCCCGUGUUGCCCCCGCCCUCCCCGGCGUUCACCCGCCUCUCCUCCUCCAGCGGCAGAAAGCGCCCCUCCCUCACCCGCUCCAAGUCCGACCUGAGCGACCGCGUCUCCAGAGCCGGGACGGAGCUGGAACGUUUCUUUAACCUGUGCGGACUGGACCCCACGGACUUCCGGGACCUUACGGCCUCGAACUCGGACAUUGUGUCUUUGGCCCGGUUCCGCAGCGUGAGCGCCCCCGGGUCCGAGUGCGGCGGGUCGGGACGAGAGGAAGAAGAGGAGGAAGAGGAGGAGAACGCCGGAAACGCAGCGGCACGAGUCCCAUACGGCGUGUCGGUCAUUGAGAGAAACGCAAGAGUGAUUAAGUGGCUUUAUGGGCUCGGCCAAGCGAAGGACAACGCAAACACGAGCACGAAUCUGUGAGAAAACGUUUAUAUUGGACACGGCGAACCUGCUCCCGCCGCGCUCUGAACAGGAAGUGAUCAGGGACACGAUUACGGCUCCAAUGUCUGUGUAAAAACUGCGUCCUCUCUCUGUAACUGCUGCUGUCAGACUCGUCAUUCAGACUCAACAUCCUCGCUCCUGAUUGGCUCUGCGGUUGCUAUGAUACUCGAGGUCGGAAUCCUAAAUCAGAAACUCUGCUCUACUUUCGCCGCUGUGACCGUUUAACCACUUUCUACCGUCUGUGGUUCUGUGGUAAAUGUGAACACUGCACAGACGAGCGUUCGUUCUUUUACAUACGACUGGAAUUUUUUUAUCGAUUAUUAGUUAUUAGAGAUGGGUCGAUAUGGACUUUCUGAGCCGAUACGAUGUCUGAUAUUUUUGCUUUUAAUUCCACACACGUGUCUUUAAGUUUAAGUGACAGUGAUGAACUUGCCGCGUUUGUAGAAAUAAAAAAUAAAAUGUAUUUACGUGGAAUUUAAAAUAACAAGUCUAAUAGUUUGUAGAAAAGGUAAAAACACUGGGACCGAUAUAUCGCUCGUCUCUAAUCGUUCUGUUCUGAUUUUUGUCCCAUACUGGGGCUGUGCAGGCGACAAAUGCAAAAAGAGUUGAUAUAAAUGUUUAUUUCCACGUCGCAGAGACCAAAGUGUUUCUGUUUGUUCAGGAUCAGUUUGUGUUUUGUCCCAUAAUGGGGCCGUCGUUUUGUGUCACAGAUUAUGAAAAAAUGACAAUAAAAGGUUCAUGAUGCAAGAG